AUGGGCCACAAGGUCAGAGAAGUGCGGGGAUCCAGAGUGGCGUCUUUUACACUACGCACCACACCGGACACCAUCGCUGCUGCGGUGCCGCCGCCAAUAGGCUCAGAACGAUCUGAUCAAGAGGUGGCACUGCGCAAACUGCUGCAAAGGGACUGUCAAACUCGACAGGAGGUUGGACAGGGGAACGACUGGAAGCGCGGUCGCGCCCUCUGCUGGCCAGAGGCGGAAGCGCGGCGGAAAGCUCCACAGCCUUCCGGUUCUAGUCCCGCAGCAAACCCUGGGAAACCCGACCCGGAAGCGCGAAGCCGAGGGGACGCCAGGGGACGCGAGAGGUCGGCUCCGGGCAGACGGAAGGCGCCUGGCUCAGGACCCGGCCUGGGGCAGCUCGGGCUCCGCGCCAGCCUCGGCUCCGACCUCCGGCCUCCGGCCUCCGCGUCGCCUCCGGGCCUGGCUCUGCGCGCGGGCGGCUCCUGGCUGGCGUCGCCGAAACUGCUGAGGACGCGUGGAGUCCAGGGCUCCUAGCCCACGGUCCACAGAAUCGCGCGAGGCCAGCUGGAUCUUGCUAUGCAGUUGAGGCUGGUCUUGAGUUC